GCUCCCUCCCUUCACAAACACGGAAGCAGCAUGGCGUCCAACAGCAGCGGCGGCGGCGGCUCCGACAGGCAACGGAUUGCCCAGCAAAGACUGAGAAUAAUUGCUGGGCAUUUACGGAGACCGGUGGACGUUGACUCGACCAUCCUGGCCGCAGAGUGCAAAGCCCAGGACUCCAAGACAGACGUCUCCAGUGAGGGGAGGACGGUGCCGAGGAGGAGGCAGGAGAUUAUGAAAUGGAAUGGCUGGGGAUACAGCGAUACAAAAUUCAUCUUCAAUAAGAAAGGGCAUGCAGAAUUUACCGGCAAAAGGUAUAAACUAAGUGGUAUGGUCAUGCCUGCUCUAAAAGAUUGGCUGGAAGACACUUUUGGAAGCAAUUUGCAGCAUAAAUCUCCAGCAGCACCCAUUCUGACAAGCGGUGCUGUGCAGCCUCCCACUCUAAACGAGGCCUUUGUGGAGGAACUGAAAUCCACGGGUAUUCCCUUCUCUCAUGAUGCAGAAGACCGGGUGUUUCGGGCCCACGGCCAUUGCUUACAUGAGAUCUUUGCUUUGCGAGAGGGGAAAGUUGGUCGUGUUCCAGAUCUGGUGGUAUGGCCAAACUGCCACAACGAUGUCGUGAGGAUUGUGGAACUCGCGUGCAAACAUAACGUUUGUUUGAUACCAUAUGGAGGAGGGACGAGUGUCUCCAGUGGCCUAGAGUGCCCCCCAGAGGAAACUCGUUCCAUUGUCUCUCUGGAUACCUCACAGAUGAACCGCAUCCUGUGGAUUGACGAGAAAAAUUUAACUGCCCAUAUAGAAGCUGGCAUCGUCGGUCAGGAUUUGGAGAGGCUGCUUAAUGAGAGCGGCUACUGUACAGGUCAUGAGCCAGACUCCAUGGAGUUCAGCUCCCUGGGGGGCUGGGUAGCCACCAGAGCAUCAGGCAUGAAGAAGAACAGCUACGGCAACAUUGAGGACCUGGUCAUCCGUGUAAAGAUGGUGACCCCCCAGGGGGUGAUUGAAAAGAGCUGUCUGGGCCCACGCAUAUCCACAGGGCCAGACAUUCACCACUUCAUCAUGGGCUCAGAAGGAACCCUGGGCGUGGUUACUGAGGUGACGAUGAAGAUUCGUCCCAUGCCGGAGUAUCAGAAAUACGGCUCGGUGGUCUUCCCUAAUUUUGAGCAGGGAGUUGCCUGUCUCCGAGAGGUUGCCAAGCAGAGGUGUGCCCCAGCAUCGAUACGACUCAUGGAUAAUGAACAAUUUAAAUUUGGUCAUGCCCUGAAGCCUCAAGUGUCUUCAAUGUUCACAUCCUUUCUGGAGGGGUUGAAGACAUUUUACAUCACCAAGUUCAAAGGGUUCGACACCAACUGCUUGUGUGUGGCCACCCUACUGUUUGAGGGAAACCGUGAGAAGGUCCUGCAGCACGAGAAGCAGGUGUAUGACAUCGCUGCAAAAUUCGGGGGGCUGGCAGCUGGAGAGGACAAUGGGCAGAGGGGCUACAUGUUGACCUUCAUCAUCGCUUACCUCCGGGACUUUGGGAUGGACUACUACGUAAUCGCGGAGUCCUUUGAAACCUCUGUGCCCUGGGACAGGGUGUUGGACGUUUGCCGGAAUGUAAAGGCACGCGUCGUUCAAGAGUGUAAAGACAAAGGAGUGCAGUUUCAACCAUUAGUCUCGUGCAGGGUGACUCAGACUUAUGAUGCCGGUGCCUGCGUCUACUUCUACUUUGCCUUCAACUACAGGGGACUCAGUGACCCAGUACACGUAUUUGAAGAAAUAGAGCAUGCAGCAAGAGAAGAGAUUCUUUCCAAUGGAGGGAGCUUGUCACAUCACCAUGGAGUGGGGAAACUUCGGAAGGAAUGGAUGAGAGAGACCAUCUCCGAUGUCGGCAUGGGGAUGCUGAAGUCUGUCAAGGACUACGUGGACCCCAAUAACAUCUUCGGCAACAGGAACCUCCUCUAAUUUUCCUGCUCACCUUCAUCCCACCUUUUUUUCUAAAAAAGCAUAUUGUGCAUUUUGGAUUAAUAGAUACUUAAUGUGAAUUUCAAAUGGACAGAUGUUGUCAUUUGGUGCCAUAUAUUAAUUCACCCAAACCUUGUCUUUGACUUUAUAUUGCACUUAAUAUGCUGUAACAAUCAUUGUCACUCACGGUGCAGCUCAUCUUUCGCAGCCUCCGCUUAUUGGAGCUACGGCCAUGAUGCAACAAAACCUUGAUUUUUUUUUUUCCUUAUUAUUCUCACGUUUAACAAUUUUUUCAUACAUGUAACCAUUUCCUAAAUAUUCUUGCCAACAUGGUUAAUUCAUCUGUUAUUUUUGUCAUACUUUCCACUGUCUCUAGUGGUGAGUUGUAGAUGAAUGUGCUUUGUGCCUUUUCUAAAGUGUAUGUCUGCGUUCCCUGACUACUAAAUACUCUGCUGGUGUCCAGGGAGUGGAGCAACAUUAACUUGGACAUGCAGUUUUCUUUGUCUUCAUCUUUUCUUGCCCUCAUGCUUUGGUUGUACUUGCCAUAAGAGACUUUGCAUGCGUGCACGUGCGUGCAUGUGUCCGGUGUCAAAGCCUCCCUCUGCCUCCCAACAUUUGAACAAGAACCUCCCCCCCCCCCCCCCACCCCUCCUACAAGUACAGUCUGAUUACAAAGAGAUAUUUCGUGUGUGUUUUUUUUUUUUUACUGAAAGAGUUUACUUUGCAUGAUAAGUUACUAAGAAAGUGAAGUCAGGGAGAGAAGAACAAAUCCAUCAGGCCUGCUUCAAUGUCACCGCGUUUGCAUUUCAAGGCCCGGUGCUCCCGUUGUACCAAAGACUCGACAUAUAAGAACAUGCAAACGCACCGGAAACAUAUGUUUGACUAUGUGAGCCUCACACAUAAUUUAGUAACUACAUGCACAGCUAAAAUAUAUUUUUUAAUCAGCAUUAUGCAAAGAUGACCGUUCUGAGAGCUGUACAAUGUAUAUAUGUGUCUGUAGCAUGUGCUAAAACUUUCUACAUCAUGUGUCUUGUGACACUGAAUUUAAUGAAUUGAUUCCAUCAAUUUGCUAAGAAAUUCCUCCUAAAAUAGUUUCCUUUGUUAUCUGUAUACUCUAAUAGAUUUUUUUUUUAACGGUUACUGCAAUUAAAUACCAGACCUAAACCAUUUGUCACUGCUAACCAUUGAUUUUAAGGCAAAGUGAAGCUAUUUGCUGACGAAUCUUGCCUUUUUUUCUGAUCUGUGCUUCAUAUUUUCCUGAACCACCGUGUCCUUUUAACUCUGAAUAUUUCCCCAAAUAUAAGGACUCGUUAGUGACCCGUCGUCUGAUAUAUUAUCUCCACGUCAAACGACCGACGUGUAAGAGCUUUUGAAUCUUAUGGAUGUACCUUUUUGUUAUUUUCCACUCUUAACAACGGCGUAACAUCAGAGUACAUUUUGUCAAAGCUGUUUGUGCAAUAAAUUGAACUAAAACAUCUAA